ACAAUUCAUUAAGCUUAAAAUUAACUCAUUCUUGGAUUUUUGGUGUCGCCCAUCAUCUUAAAAGCCCGGGAAAAACGUUUGUAUCUACCUUAGCUUGUACUCGAUUCUGGUAACCAUGUUCUCUCGCCAAUCCACAUCUCUUUUCUUCAAACAUCUCCCCAUCUUUCAACACAAUUACUCCUCUCAAACACUUAAUCCCACCCCAAUCAAGAAGUCAAAAAAAGCAUCAACAAAGAGCAAAACAGCUCGAAGCCUAGCUCAACUAAUCAACACCCACAACCCCACUUGGGAAUCUCAUCUCUCUCCUACAUCUCUCUCCCAAACCACCGUUCUCCACACUCUCCGUCUCAUCAAAACCCCAUCACAAGCCCUUCAUUUCUUCAUCUGGGCCCACAAGAAUGGCUUCUCCCACACUCACCAGUCUUACUUUCUCAUGCUUCAGAUCCUGUCCCAAUCCAGGAACUUCAAUAUUGCUAGGAAUUUCCUUUUCUCUGUCGAGAAAAAGUCGAAUGGGGCAGUCAAGAUUGAUGAUAAGUUCUUUAAUGAGUUGAUUAGGAGUUAUGCGAAUGCCGGGCUUUUUAGUGAGUCUGUUAAGCUUUUUGAGAAGAUGAAAUCAGUUGGGGUGUUCCCUUCUGUUUAUACAUUUAAUAGUCUUUUUGUAAUUUUGAUGAGCCGGGGUCGAAUUGGGAUGGUGUAUGAGCUGUUUGAUGAAAUGCUUAAGACGUAUGGCGUUACGCCUGAUAAUUUUACUUUUAAUAUAUUGAUCAAAGGGUUUUGUAGGAAUGGGAAGGUGGAUGAAGGGUUUAGGUUUUUUAAUGAGAUGAUGAAGAGUGGUUGUCAACCGGAUGUUGUUACAUAUAAUACGCUUGUGGAUGGAUUGUGCAGGGUUGGGAAGGUGAAAAUCGCGCAUAAUGUGGUGAAGGGUAUGGUGAAAAAGAGUGGAGAUUUGAAUUUGAAACCUAAUGUUGUUACUUAUACGACGUUGAUUAGAGGGUAUUGUGGGAAACAAGAGAUUGAUGAGGCGUUGGAUGUUUUGAAGGUAAUGGUUGAUUGUGGACUAACACCAAGUGAUAUAACAUAUAAUACAUUGAUUCAAGGUCUUUGUGGUGCACAAAAGCUUGAUAAGAUCAAAGAAGUUUUGGAGGGAAGUUUAGGUGGCAGUCAAUUUGUUCCUGAUGCUUGUACUUUCAAUACAUUGAUCAAUGCUCACUGUAGUGCUGGGAAUGUGGAUGAAGCAGUGAAGGUUUUUGAGAAGAUGGCAGAAUUGAAGGUCCAACCGGACUCUGCCACAUAUGGUAUUCUGAUCGGGAGUUUCUGUCAGAACAAGGAUUAUGAGAAAUCAGAGAAGCUGCUUGAUGAGUUGUUGAAAAAGGAAAUAUUGUUACAAGAUGGUGGAUGUAAGCCUCUUGUUGCUGCAUAUAAUCCCAUAUUUGAGUAUUUGUGUGGUAUUGGAAAAAGUGCAACAGCUGACAGAUUGUUUAGACAACUGAUGAGAAGAGGAACACAAGACCCCGUGUCCUUUAAAACCUUGAUCAUGGGACACUGUAGGGAAGGUAAAUUUAAUGCUGGCUACGAGCUGUUGGUUAUCAUGCUGCGGAGGGAUUUUAUGCCUGAUGCAGAGAUUUACGAGUCCAUAAUCAACGGGGUAUUGCAACAGGGCGAACCAAAACUUGCCCAUGACACUUUAGAGAAGAUGCUAAGGAGUUCCCAUCUUCCUCCAACACCUAUGUUUCAUUCUGUUCUUACCGAGCUUAUUAAAAACAAUUGUGUUAGUCAAUCUGCUAGCCUUCUGAUGUUAAUGUUGGAAAAAAGAAUAACACCAAACAUUGGUCUUUCAACAGAUGUGGUGAAGCUGCUAUUCAAGAAUGGGACACGAGAUAAAGCAAUCGAGAUCCUGAGGGUUGUUUAUGAGAACGGGUAUACAUUAAAAAUGAGUGAAUUGAUUGUUUAUCUCUGUCAAAGCAAAAGACUGCCAGAAGCACACGAAACAUUGAUGAUUUGCCUGGGAAAGGAUCAAACUGUUGAUUCGGAUAUAUGCAGUACAGUUAUAGCGGGACUCUGUAAAAUUCAUAAAGUUUCGAAAGCAUUUGAAUUGUACUACGAAUUGUUAGAGAAAGGGUUUGGAAAAUCUCUGAGUUGCCUGAAUGAUUUAAGAGAUGCUCUUGAAGCUGAAGGGAGAUCAAAGGAAGCCAAAUUUGUCACUCUGAGGAUGCCAAAACAGCACUAAACAGGCUCAAUCAAAUCUUUAAACUCAGAGCUAUGGACCAAAUUGACUUUCAUGAAUUUGUAACAAGCUUUGUGGUAAAUAUAUGUAACUGUGUUUUGUUUCUGUAA